AUGCCGCGCGGCAAGGGCCACUCGACGCGUCAUAGGCUCAGAGGCAAUGCCAAAGAUCGCUAUACGGCCUAUGGCAGCGGCCUCGACGACGCAGCGGACGGUGGCCCAAGCACCAGCGGCACCGCGGACGACGCUGCCGCGGCCGCCGCAGACGCAGACAAGCCCCCCUUCCGCCUCGCGAUGUGGGACCUGGGGCAGUGCGACAAGAAGCGCUGCACCGGCACGCGCCUCGUGCGGCAGCGCGUCGUCGGCGAGCUGCGGCUGGGGCAGUCCUUCCCGGGCGUUAUCCUCAGCCCCAACGGGACGCGGUGCGUGUCGCGGCAGGACGCCGACCUCAUGGCCUCCAAGGGCCUCGCCGUCGUCGACUGCUCCUGGAACCGCCUGGACGACGUACCAUUCGGGCGCAUCAAGGGCGUCGCGCCGCGGCUGCUGCCGUUCUUGGUCGCCGCGAACCCCGUCAACUAUGGCCGCCCUUGCAAGCUGUCGUGCGCCGAGGCGCUGGCCGCCGCGUGCUUCAUCUGCGGCUUCCAGGAAGCUGCCCGGCAGAUCAUGAGCCGCUUCAAGUGGGGCCACAGCUUUUUCACAACGAACGCAGAAAUUCUGGAGCGCUACGCCGCCUGCGACACGGCUGCUGACGUAAUCGCGGCCCAGGUUUGUUGCUGGGUCGCGGGAACGGGCGGUGGCCUCAUAUCAUGCCUGCUGGGGCAUGCCUGCUUCCAUCGCGCCGGCUGA